UUUAAUAACAUGAUAAACCCCUCUCUAGCCCGCCCACAGUAUAUCCCCCCUUCUAAUUCUCCAUCCCUUCAAGGGACCUUCGGGGGCUUCCUCUGCACACGUUUGCUCGCAAGGCUGCCUCCAUCUAGAUCUUUUCUCUCCCUUCGCCGCUUUCCCCACCACCACCCCAUUGCCUUCUUGCUUUCCACUUGAGCGUGGUUGAUUUUUUUCCAUUCUUCCCAUCUGACAAUUUAUCUUCCCCCAGGGAAAUGGGGGGGAACAUAAUCAUCUCUUUUUCAGCCUCGCAUUGCUCCUUCCCAUCCUUUUUCCAAUAAAGGCCUAUUAUUUAUUUAUAUCCAUAUUGCAAUAUUUAAUUAUUCCUCCAUUUUGCGGGAAGCAGGGAGGGGAUGUCCAGAGCCUUCCUCCGUUUUUUCGGCGAGGGUUUUCCCCCACCCACCCACGCAGACCUCUCUCGCCUUGGAUUUGCGCCUUCUGUGAUAUUUUUCCUGCUGAUCCAUGUUCAAUUGAAUCGCCACCUGAGGUCUCCCAUCUUCUACCAUUCCCAUUCUUUUUCUGGUUUCUUUCCCCCUUCUUCUUCUUCUUUUUCUCCUUCUUGUUUUGCAUUUCAUUUCCCAGCUGACAUUGUUCAGUCUCUUGGCUCCUGGGUGGCCACUUGAUUUUGCAUCCUUCCUCCAUCCCAACACAUAUGCAUCUAGGUUUCAUCCUAUUCCCACCUGAUUUCUGCAUCUGAAAUCUACCUCUGUUCAUUUGCCUUUGGCUAGGCAUCCCUCACCCCACCCCAUCCCUUACACUGACACAUUUCUGCCUUUCCUCUCCAUCCUCCCUCUCUCAUGUUUUCGGCAGCUAUUUCUUUUUUUCUACCAAAACCCAUCGCAAGCCUCCUGCCCUGGGUUGUGUGUUUCCUUCCCAGCACGACCAGUGGGAUUCCCAGCUGAGAUUUCUCCCCGCUGAUGCGCUCGCUGGAGGCUUGGGUGUGUCUGUUAUCUUACCCUGCUUUUCUAGAAGCGUGUGCCUCAUCUUAUUUUUCCUCUGCUGGCUCAAGAACAGAACACAUGGUUGUCUCCUUCUCCUUUGUACCAUGAGGUCUUCUUCAGCAGCCCUGUUGCCUCUCCUCCAUCCUUUGAAGGAGCUGCCCAGUUUUUGUGAAAACCCAGCUAUCCUCUGAACUGUCCCUGCUCCUGUUGAGCCCAUGUGGGCAUCAACAGGGGGAAGACCAGAGGCCAGAAGGUUGACUGUUAUUAUUGAUACCUGAAGCCGGACCAAUUCAGACCCUCCAUUCACUUGUGGCCUGACCCCCACCAAGUCCAGCUGGAAAAGCCAAGCGGAGGACCCUUUGGACGGCAACCAACCAACGACAACAUCACUGCCCCUUCCUGAAUUGCUGCAACACCGCUGCCUAUGACUGCCCAGGCUGAUUUGUGUACAUAAAACGCCAAGGAGUUGCCCUCGGACCAGUCUGCAAUUCAAGACCACCAUAUGCCUGUAAACCGGAGGCCGCUGGGCCUUCCUGUGCCCAUAACCACGAGGAGUCGUUUACGGCCCUCCUUCUUCUAACCAGCGAAAUCAGCUGAGGAACGCUGUCUGGGACUCCAAAAGCAGCCGACCAAAUGCUUACCUCUAGGAACGCUGUACUCUGAUCACAAGGGACCUCUAGGAACGCUAGAAUGUUUGGUGCUGGCUGGAGAAAUCCAAGCUUUCUUCUUGGUUUGGAGCCCUCCAAAGACUGCUGCCAAAGAACAACCUGAAAUGCCGUUAGCUUCACCACACACCUGUACAGUCAAAGGAAGUUCAGGCCUUUCUGGAUAACCUAGAGCCAGCUAGCUCCUGGGGGACUGCGAGUUACCAGAUAGAGAGAGUUAAGCUGGUCCUAACAGACUUGCAAUUUCUGGGCACACCUAUGACUGGAGAUCUCUUGGAGUGUCAGUAUUAUGCAAGUAGCCAGAAAACCCCAACAAUUAUAUUCUGAAUUGUUCUUGUGGGCAGGCUCCUCAAAGCUGGUGCUUUCCUGCAAUUACCCUAACACAAGCAAUCAGUCACAGAUAAUCAGAGGUGUCCAUUGACUUCAAAAUCUGUAGUGAGCAAUGUAAAUGUCGGUAUAGCUCUAUUGCAUAUCCAUAGACACCAGGUGUUGGCCCUGCCCAGUGUUUUUAAGUUUCCUUCAGUUUUGGCGAACAGAGACGCUUGGUAUAGCUGGACUGUUUCUUUGCAGGUCCUCGCAUGCAGUAACCAAAAAAAUCCCAGUCUUGGUCAAGCUAUAGCUAUAGUCUUAGAACUUUGGGUGGAGGCCUCAAGCUCAAGGAAAGAGGAUAGUUGCCAGAUGUCUGACUCUGAGGAAGGGGGCUGAAAUUUGCCCAUUUGGGGGGCAGCGCCAUGUAAAGGCGCCCCGCGUUGGGGGAACGGAGAUGCAUGCCGGGACUUGUGGGUAACUGUCACCCGACUGGCCGGGGAGCAAACGUUUCAUGAAUGUCCAACGGAGGCAGGUUCGAGUUUGACGAUGGCGGCUGCUAUGUGGGUGACUGGGAGGAGGGCCGGGCACAUGGCUACGGCGUCUGCACCGGCCCCGGAGCCCAGGGGGAGUACAGCGGGCGAUGGAGUCGGGGCUUUGAGUCCCUGGGCGUCUACACCUGGCCCAGCGGGAACACCUACCAAGGCCACUGGAGUCAAGGCAAGCGCAGUGGACUGGGCGUGGAGCGCAAGAGCAAGUGGAGCUACAAGGGGGAGUGGAGCCAUGGGCUGAAGGGGCGCUCGGGGGUUUGGGAGAGCCAUUCUGGAGUCAUCUAUGAAGGCAUGUGGCGUGAAGGACUACAGGAUGGAUACGGCAUGGAGACUUAUGCAGAUGGAGGUACCUACCAGGGCCAGUGGCAGUCCGGUAAGCGGCACGGGUAUGGAGUCCGCCAAAGUGUCCCUUACCGGCAAGCUGCCCUGGUCCGCUCCCCACGCCGGACCUCUCUGGAAUCGCUGCCCAGUGAGAUUGACCCCAAUGCUCCUUCUUUGCCCCUUCCUCCUCCCCCAAUGGCCCCACCACCACUCCCUGGGGACAGCCCGGCCUCUGGAUCUAGGGGUGGCUUUGUUUUGGCCUUCCCGGGCGACCCAGACUUCCCCAAGGGUGCCAAGAAGAAAGCGGGGGGCUUCUUCCGGCGAUCUUUGCUCCUGAGUGGGCUACGGGUCCGGAGGGCUGAAUCGAAGGCCUCUUUGGGCAGCAAGCGGGGGUCCCUCAAGAGUGAGGCAGGGGUCAGCUCGGCCGGGAGCGAAGCCACGACACUCAGCUAUGCUGAGACAGAGCCUCCUGAGUUGCCUUCAACGCUGACCAUCGAAGGGUCAUCCACCGAGGUCUAUGCCGGAGAGUGGAGAGCUGACCGCCGCAGCGGCUAUGGGGUGAGCCGCCGUUCCAAUGGCCUGAGAUACGAGGGCGAGUGGCUGGGCAAUCGGCGGCACGGCUAUGGACGGACCACCUACCCCGAUGGCACCAAGGAAGAGGGGAAGUACAAGCUCAACCGGUUGGUGAGCGGGAAGGUGAAGAACUUGAUCCCCCUUCGCCGGAGCAAGGUCAAGGAGAAAGUGGACCGGGCCGUGGAAGUGGCCAGGAGAGCGGUCAGCAUGGCGCGGCAGAAGCAGGAGCUGGCCAUUACCAGGGCUGCAGAUGCUCGUCUGAAAGCUGCCGCUGCACUCGCUGCAGCCGAGAAAGCCCUGGAAGCUGGACGCCUGGCCAAAAUUUUGGCCCAAGAACUGCAACCCAUCCUAACUGAACCUGAGCCUCGUGGCCAGUUGGAUUCUGAAGGCACCGACACCGACUACCAGGAGUACGACAGCCCACGGGUCUAUGAGAAUGGCAUCACCCCGUCGGACGUUACCCCAGACCCAAGCCUCCCUCCCAGUUACCCUCCUACGCCGCUGCAGCCCUGGCGAGGGGACCCUCGGCGGACUUGGCCCCCCUUGGAGAACGGGGGUCCCCGCCAGUUCCUGCCCGAGGCCUCUGACCCCGAGGACGAGUGGGGCUGCCGCGGCAGUUUCCCCUCUCGGACACCAGGAUUUGCCCCCGAGGGGCUGUGGGAGGGGGAGGAGGAGCAGGAGCAGUUGAGCAGCUACGAAGCGGAAGAGGAAGACUACGGGAGGGUCCCCCGGCACCCCCAGAUGCUGGGCAGCCCUGCCAGUGGCAGCUCCGGCAGCCUCCGAGAGGAGGAGGAAGACGAAGAGGAGGAAGAAGGGGCAGCUUCCAGGCCUUUUGCUGGGGAGGCCCAGGUAGAUCCAGCACCCGCCGGAGUCCUUGGGGCCCCUGAACUACAGGUGGAGGAAGUGCUUGGGAACGCAAGGCCCCCAGUAGCAGAAAAAGAGGAGGCCCUUGGAGAUGUGCGGAGAAGGAAGAGACAGGGAGCCCAUCCUCUGGUCAUUGCUGCCGUCCUGCUGGUUGACGUGAGCCUGGCCUACCUGUUCUCGCUUCUCCUCACCUGAGACAGGCGGAAACCAAGGGGGCGCUUUGGACCCCGUUUCCUCGACGGUUUGGGAACAGACUCUUUUCCAUCCUCUGCCUUUCUACCUUGCCCCCCUUUUUCUCUUUUUCACAUAUCUUUUACCCCACCCACCUCCCUUCCUGCCCCCUAACCCCCUUUUGACCCUUUCUAGAUUGUUUACAUACGAAGGGCUCUCUUUCUACUGGAGAUUUCUCUGUUUUUUCUUGCUAUCUCUCCGAAACUACGACCACACCUCCCAUCUUCCACCUCUUUCUCACCUUUCCCCCCCAAUCUUUCCACCCAUCCAGCCCCAUCCAUCUUUCUGGACCACAUUUUGCAAAAGUGGGGCAUUUUUUAAAAAACCUGUCUUCGUCUAUGCUUUGGGGAGAGAAUCACGUUUAGAUUCAGCGAUGCGUUUGCGCCUCAAGAGGCACGAAAGUGUUGACAAUAGGGAGCUUCGACCUGUCUUGCCCCUUUCCUCCUCUCUCCCUCUCUCCCUUCAACUUUAGGAGAUCUAUUGGCCUGACAAGAAAGGGAAAACUAAGCUCUCCUCCAUUCCUGUACACAUAAACAUCGUCUUUUUCUAUCAGUCUCCUUCCAAGAUGCUCUCUUGAAAUUCUGAAUUUUGAAGAAGGGGCCAAUUAUUUCCUAAUCCAAGGGAAUCAAUUUCCCUUGCAGCCCUCCCCUUUUCGACCACUAGAUGGUGCUGUGGGGUGGAAGGAGCAAAAAAAGCAGAGCAAAUUUUCAAAAUUUGGGGAGCAUUCAAGAGGAUGGUUUUUGUCUUUCUCUCUGUUUUUUUUUUCCCUCUUCUUUUCCAUAUUCAUGUUUCUCUCUCUCUCUCUUACCUUCUCUCUCUCUCCGCCACCUCCUUUUCCCAAGGGAACCGGAACCUUCUUUUCGAACAAACAAACAAAAAGAAGAAAAGGGGGGAAAAAAGUUAAAAAACUUUUUAUUUACGCUUUUAUAAACAUUUUUCUCGCAGCGUUUGAAUAAUAAAAUUAAAUACUAUAAACUAACGAGAGGGUGAAAGGGAGAUUCCUUUUGCUUGGGAGAAGAGGGAUUUUUCACAAAGAGGACUGUGGAAUUCCCAUAAAUAGCAAGUCUAGAUGGGGGAAAAGUGGGUAUUUGCUGCAGGACCAAAUUGGAAAAAAAUGCCUCUUUAAGGCAGCAGAAGUGUGUCUGGGCCAAAGGUAUGAAGUUCUAGAAAAUAUAUAUAUAUACACA